AUGUUUCCCACACGAGCCCUGCUGGGCCGGUCGGUCUGGAAAGGCCCGAACAUCGUCCCUCUCCCCCUCCCGCGAGUCCUUCCUCCUCCCCCGAACACUCCCCCGAUCCGCACGACAAAGCGUAGCGCAACUAUCCUGCCCAACUUUGUCGGCUUGCGCUUUGCGGUACAUAACGGCAAGACCUACCAGGAAAUUUCAAUCACCGAAGAGAUGGUCGGACGGAAGCUUGGUGAAUAUGUUGCGACCCGCAAGCGCUUCACCUACAAGCAGUCUAAGAACAAAUAG